UUUCACCGUAACCAUCAAAUCCAUAACCAUAUAUCAAAAGUUCAUAUGCAAACAGUAGUAUGUGAAUAAGAAAGGGCUUCCUCUAUUCAUCAUUAACAAGUCUUCAAGGACCAUAUUGUUGCUCUAAUCAAUUCUUAUUCUGUUUAUUUAUACACUGUACAAUUGGAUUGGCUUAUUUACAUAGAUUUUUCACACGCAAAAAAAAAAAAAAACAUUUACUUAUGGAAUGGCCAUUUCAUCAAUAAUACACAAAAUAUUCCUAAACAUUUUUUAAAAAAUUUAAUAAGAAAUUAUUAAAAUAAAUCUAUUCUACUUUUAUGUACUUCAUUCAUUUGAUCACAUCCACUUUUAUUUUAUUUACGAUUUACAUAGUUUUUGUAAAUAAUACUAAUAUUUAUGGAAUGUGUGAGAAAUGCAAAGAAGCAUAUACUUGGAACUUGGAAAACGGAGAUGAUCCGUUUUUCUCUCGUACUCGGUCAACGAACAAACCGGCGAGGAACACUCGUCAGCUUUCUAUUAGCUUUCUAGCAAUCGCCUCAAAGCGCUAUAUACAAAUGCUUGCACUUACCAAGGAAAAAGAAAAGUUUAGUUAAAAUCAAAAGAUCGUGAUAUCGCAGUUGAGAUUAAAUGGCGAUGGAAAUAGCAACUCCGAUUCAUGCACCGGUUACACCUCCGGCGAGCAACCUCAUCAUAUCAGCAACAACGGCCGCAGAAACUCAAAAGAAGAACAGGAUUCAAGUUUCUAACACCAAGAAACCCUUGUUCUUCUACGUUAAUCUCGCCAAGAGGUACAUUCAACAACACAACGAGGUUGAGCUUUCUGCACUUGGAAUGGCAAUCACAACAGUGGUUACCAUCUCAGAAAUAUUGAAGAACAAUGGGCUUGCAACAGAGAAGAGAGUUCUGACAUCGACAGUGGGAAUGAAAGACGAGAUCAAAGGGAAAAUAGUUCAGAAGACAAAGAUUGAGAUUGUGUUGGGGAAAUCAGAUAAAUUUGAUUCUCUGAUGACUCCAGCGGCGGAAGAGGAGGCGGUCGCGAAUAUGGGGGAGAAACCAGUAGAAGCUGAAGCUCGUGAAGGCAAGAAUGAGUGACCAACUAAACAUAUUUCGAGGAUUAGUAUCAUUUUCUUUAUAACUAUAACAAGCAAACUGUUUUGUGCGACGACACAUAACAAAGAAUGCUUUAUUAUUAACUCAAAAGUUAUAUUUUAUGGAAAGACAAUGAAAUGUUUUUUUCGUUUUGGAGAAGGACAAUGAAAUGUUAUGUUGAUCAUAUUUCGUAU